ACAACCACAAGUAUAAUUCCAGGUGUGACCAGAUUCCUGCUCCGUUUCAUCCAUUAGGGCCGAGAGAAAAAAAUAUCCGUUCCGAUUUCGCAUACUGCAACCAAUUCCGAGAAGUCAAUUAAAGUUAGAGAACCAGAAAUGGCAGCAAGCAGGACUGUGUUGCGUUCUGCAUCAAUAUUCUUAAUGGAGCCAUAUAGACCCGUUCAUUUCAGCCGUGCUUCCUCCUCCAUCGCACUCGGAACUAGCCGAUCCUUCACUCACAGAUUGAAUUGCAAUGUAACAACUGCUAGGGCUCGAGGAUUUCACUUCCGCAAACGAACUGUUCUGAAUUGCUCCCACGACGAGACCCAAUCAACGUCGUCGUCUAAUCAGGAUGGCCAGGGCCCUCCGCAGGAAGCUGUUUUGAAGGCAAUCUCAGAGGUAUCAAAGACAGAAGGGAGGGUUGGGCAUACAACAAAUAUGGUAAUUGGGGGAACAGUGACAGAUGAUUCUACCAAUGAGUGGAUUGCUUUGGAUCAAAAGGUUAACUCGUACCCGGGUGUUAGAGGCUUUACAGCAAUUGGAACUGGGGGAGAUGAUUUUGUGCAAUCUAUGGUUGUGGCUGUGGAGUCUGUCCUCCAACAGCCAAUUCCUGAGGGCAAGGUGAGGCAUAAAUUAUCAUCAAAAGGGAAGUACGUGUCAGUAAACAUCGGACCAGUUCAAGUAAUUUCCAGUGAGCAGGUUCAAGCCGUAUACAACGCAAUGAAGAGAGAUGAUCGUAUGAAAUACUUUUUAUAGGGAAUUCUCUUUUCGAACUUUUUAUAUGUAAUGUAAUUACUCCUAUCCUUCUAGAUAAUCUCUAUUAUUCUUUCUACUUAUAAUUCUGUUAUCACCUCAUCUUUAACUUCCAUAUUAUGCUUUUAAAAGUAAUUUUAAUAAUUCAUCCGAAGUAGGAGUAGCUCCCCACUUUCCCUUGUCUGCUAGCCUGUUGUUGAUAAGCCUUUGUUUUAAAUUUUGGAAAAUAAAAAAGCAUUUGGUUACCACAA